AUGGAGGAAUCAAGCAAGAAGACGAAAAGAAAGGGGGCGGUGGAAAACUUCAUUAGGAAAGGCGUAGACAUUAGCAAAUUUUCGACUAGGAAAAAAUAUGCCCUGUUGAUGUUGUUCUGUGUGUACAUAAUGACCUGCGUAGGGAUAUUUUUUAACUGGAUUUCUUUGUCCGACUUUUUUUAUCACGGAAAUGUGUACAUAGACGAUUGCAACAGUGUGCGCUUGGUAGGGAGAAAAAACUGGGAGGGUAAAUCAUACAGUUGUAAAGAACAGGACAAGAGAGUGCAAGCCUUAUACCCAAUUAUCCUGUGCUCAAAUUUUAUCAUGUCAGCCAUAUCUGGUGUAUUUUUUGAUUAUUUUGGACCCAAAAUAACAGCGUUAAUUGGGCACACCUUUAACAUCAUUUCGUGGAUUUUAAUUGGGUUACAAAAAGAAGGCAAAAAUAACACCAUCAUUUUUGGAGCAAUAUUUUUGGGGCUCUCUUCCGACUCCUCCUACAUACCAAUUCUUAGUUUAAUUUACUUAUUCGAAGAAAAUCAUACCAUGUAUACUGUCAUUUUGGGAUGCUGUGCUUCUUUAAGUUUUAGCAUGCCCAUAUUUUUGGACAUGUUCACCUCGCCAAAUGACGCUCAGUCGUUUCAGCUAAUUUGCUUACUAUAUUGUGCGAUCAUUUUGGUUCCCUUUUUCUUUGUCCUUUUGAUUUUUUUGCCCCUGAAUCAUAUAAGCGGUGGGGAGCCCGUUGUGGAAGAAGUCCAGCGGAGUCACAACCAGACGAUGGAGGAGUUGGAGGGGUACGUCGUGUCCGGCGUGCAGCCCAUGGAUGACCCUGUUGACGGCCCAUAUGAUAGUCCCUGCGCGAGCCAGGUUGACCAACUUAGUCUGCACCGUGGAAGCCACGCAACGGAUGAAGCACUUGUUCCCCUCUAUGUAGAAUACGAACAUGAGCUGGAAGGAGAAAACAACACCCUACGCGAGUUGAUGAUCGAAAGGGUCUUCACCUCAUCAUCCUUUAACUUAUCCUCCCCAAAUGGGUGCGUACUGAGGAAGGUUGGCACACAUACAUCAAGCAAUUUGACCAACAGGGAAAAGGGCUCCAAUGAUGUAUUUUCACAAAAGGGGGGGGCUUCUCUCAUUAUGGAUGGAGGUUGCGCCCUCAAUUCCUCCGUCCAAGGGGGCAUAUCAAAUGAGAAUGAAGUAAUUCAUUUAGAUGAGAAGCUAAACAAAAAUGUGGACCACAAGAGUAUCUGUAAAAAUAUUACAACACCUACCCAGUGUAAAGAAACAGGAGCGAAUUUCUUCUCCAUCAGAUACCUCAGCAUAUGCUACUACUUCACCAUAUACAAUUUAUCGCUAGUAAAUUAUAACGAGUGUGCAAAGUUAUUUUUUGCAGAUUAUUCAGAUGUGCAGGAGGUUCUAAAGAUAUUCGGACCGCUAUCAGUGAUUUCCUGUGCAGCCUUCGGUUUCCUCAUUCGCAAGUUUCACAUCCUUAUUCUUAUACUAUCCCUUCUCAUGAGCAGUCUGUUCAUGUAUCUUUUUGCCACAAUGAGGGGUAAAUUGUUUGCCUACUUAAGUACGCUGUUCUACCUCAUAGUAACAGGGUGCUAUACGACACAACUCUAUUGCUACAUCCAGCUGAUGUUUCCAAAACGUCAUUUUGGGAAAAUCGCAGGCACCACCAGCAUGAUCAGCGGGUUGCUUUCCCUUCUGAACAUACCCAUUUAUAAUUAUUUCAUCGUGGACUAUAGCAACAGUGACCCCAACCCGUUUGCCUAUAUUGUGAUUGCUCUCUUGGCGUCCACUUCCCCCUUGCUCCUCCUUACUUACAGAAGAGCCACUCGGGGGGAUGCGUCAACGUAA